CAAGUCUGUAAGAUAGUGGCGUGCGUCCUCUAGUGUCGUCAUCACGGUAAACAGUGGCAGCGUCUUUGUGAACUGGAGCCAGCCAGCCAGCCAUCCAGCAAUAGCUGGCCUUGCACAGUGUGGCUUUAUUGCCUCAUGUGAAUUGUCCCUCCGUGGCGUGUACGUCUUGAAUUUUACAAUUUCGGAGUAGCCUUGUAAUGGGUAGUUUUGGUCUUGCAAGUAGUAAAUGUUUUCUUCGCCGAAUCCUUCCGGGCCUACCUAACAUGUUUUGCCGUGAGUACAGCCUCGAUGUAUCUGCUGAACUGCUCCGAACACAGGGCUUCGUUAAUGGUCGAUGGGUAUCUGCUGCUUCGACUUUUCCGGUGUUAGAUCCAGCGACAGGCAAAGAACUGGUUAAAGUCUCUGACUUUGGUCCUCGGGAAGCCAGGGACGCGGUCAUUGCUGCUCACAAAGCCUUUGACUCGUGGAAGUGUCAAACUGCAAAGGAAAGGAGCAUUCUACUCCGGAAAUGGUUUGACUUGGUCACUCAGCACAAAGAGGAUCUAGCAAAGCUCAUUACAGCAGAAUGUGGGAAGCCCAUGAGAGAGUCCCUAGGUGAAAUUGCAUACUCUGCAUCCUUUCUGGAGUGGUUCUCGGAGGAAGCUCGUCGUGUCUAUGGGGAUAUUGUUGCUCCCACCGCUAAGGAUCGCAAGAUACUACUGCUCAAACAGCCAGUGGGUGUGGCCUCCAUCAUCACCCCAUGGAACUUUCCCAGCGCCAUGAUAACCAGGAAAGUGGGAGCAGCUCUGGCUGUAGGCUGCACUGUGGUGGUGAAACCUGCUGAGGACACGCCCCUCUCAGCCCUUGCCCUUGCUGAGCUGGCAACCCAGGCUGGGAUCCCUGCUGGAGUGUUCAACGUGGUGCCCUGUUCCAGGGAGAAGGCCAGUGCUGUGGGUGAAGUCCUCUGUACAGACCCUCUGGUGGCCAAAAUCUCAUUCACUGGAUCGACUGCCACUGGCAAGAUUCUGCUGAAACAUGCAGCAGAAACGGUGAAGAGAGUGUCAAUGGAGCUGGGGGGACAUGCACCCUUCAUCAUCUUCGACAGCGCGGAUGUGGACAAGGCUGUAGCUGGAGUGAUGGCCUCCAAAUUUAGAAACUCAGGCCAAACCUGCGUAUGCUCCAACCGAUUCCUGGUGCAGCAAGGGAUCCAUGAUCUGUUUCUGGAGAAGCUGGGCAGGGCCAUGGACACAGAGCUGCGCCUGGGCCACGGAUCAGACCCCACAACCACCCAGGGGCCCCUCAUCAACACACGAGCCGCAGAGAAGGUGGAGCACCAGAUAGCCGAUGCUGUGGCUCAGGGAGCUGUGGUGCUGAAGGGUGGAAAGAGACUGGAAGGCUCUUUCAUGCAGCCCACACUCCUCUCCAAUGUCACAACUGACAUGCUCUGUAUGCACGAGGAGACUUUUGGACCCCUGGUACCAGUUAUCAAGUUCAACAAAGAAGAGGAGGCUCUCGCCAUUGCUAAUGCAUCUGCAGUUGGACUAGCAGGAUAUGUCUACACUCAGGAUAUAAGUCAGAUAUGGCGAGUGGCUGAGCAGUUGGAGGUAGGGAUGGUGGGAGUAAACGAAGCUCUGCUCUCCACACCAGAGGCUUCAUUUGGUGGAGUCAAGCAAUCAGGACUGGGCAGGGAAGGGUCCAAGUAUGGUGUGGAUGAGUAUCUGGAAGUGAAGUAUAUGUGUUUUGGUGGCCUUGCACUCUAAGACAUAGAUUCCUAAUCCAGUCAUUGGAGCUCUCCAACCAGACUAGGUUUUGUUUUUUUUGUUUUUUUAAACUGUGUUAAAGCUCUCAACACACCUUAGCCAGGCAAUUAAGGACUGUAUCUAAAUCCACAUACUACCAUCCUAAGUACUAUGUGAAAAUAGUACACCAUUCAGAUUUUCUACCGGCUUAUCUAUAUAUCUCCAGCUAAUUUAUACCUCGUGUGACAUUGAUUCCCAAAAUAUGCCCAGGCUGUUAAUUACAAACUGAUAAAACUGAUAAAAUGUCAAUAGUAAUUUUUAGGAUGUAGUGUGUGGUUUUGGAUGAGGCCCAGUGUUCUCUAGGCCUGGUUUAACCUGGGUCAGGUCUACCAGGAGAGAACAAAAGCUGAUGUCGCUACUGGUGGAUUGCAUGGCUCCAUGGGCAAGAACAGGAGAAACAUGGGGACUGUUCUUCCCACAUGGUCUUUUGUUACUCAUAUUGUCUAACCACAUAAAGCCAAUCGUAAAAGGACUGUGAUUUCACAGAGCCAGUUAGAAUCGGAUUACAGAAUACUAAUUUUUAACUUGUAUCAUUUAAAAAUUUAAGACUACAUAUUAAUAAGGACAUUCCUUUAUCUGCUGUAGUGGUGUGCCACAAAAUGCACAAUUUAAAAAAUUAGAGGCACUUUUUUAAAACCACUAUACAACACUGUUGUGUGAGUAAAUAUAAUUGUUGUGCGUGUUGUAUGACCAAUGUGUUUUAAUUAUAUUCAGUUCUCCAGGUAAUUUUCUCUCUUUUUUUAGUAAUAAUGUCUACUAAUAAAAAAAUAAACCUGUACCCACCAAAGAUGUGGAUCCAGUAUUCUUAACCAGAUAAUAUGAUGCCGUAGGUUUGGCAGUUGAAGUGUAUGGAAACCUCUGCUUGCUAGAAUGUUGUCUUGGCAUUGGUCUGUUUAGAAAGUGCAAUUCACAAACCAUGCCCAAAAAUCAGUUUUUAUGCUUUCUGCAGAAGCUUCUCAAAUGUUGGGGCUCAUGGAUUAAGUCUCGUUGUAAGCAUAAUGUCAGCCUUUUAUUAUUUAUUUAUUUUUGUUAAUAUAUUUCACAAUGGUGAUUGUCAUUGCUUCUCCAUUUAGAUGUAGCAUCACAUUACAUUUGCACUGAAAUCAAGUAGAUUUUUUUCUUGCCUUUUAUAUCAUGAGAAAUUAAGCUUUUGGACAAAAACAAAAAAAUAGUUCACCCAAUAGCCAAUAGUGUAUUUUCAUAUUUUUUAGACCAAGGUCAACUGGUGUCAAAGUAGGUCUUCAUCAGCAGUGGAAUGUUUUCGAAUGCCAAAACACUCAAA